AUGGAGCAAGAGAGAUGGGGGAGAGCAUUCGAAGCCAGGCUGAGGGGAGCGGGGGAAGGCCUGGACGACAGAAAGGAGGGGGAGAAGAUGCAACCCAUCAAGAUUAGGGUCUAUGUGAAUGGAGAUGGAGACGUGGUGCUCCGGCCGUCCAACAAGAGGCUGUCUACGACACUGAGCAAGCUGGACGAAAGUGUGUACGACGUCAAGGGCAAUGAGUGGAGGAUAAGUGGAAGAGACUAUGUGGCCGUGAAAGAGGAGCUGAGGAGGAAUAAGCUUGUGUUUGAUGAUAUUCCUAAGGGGGUGCUGCGGAUUGCCAGGAAGGAAGCGGGUUGGCAGAAGUUUGAGCUUAUUGGGCCGAUCUACAGCAUGCUGCUUCCGUUUCAGAGGGAAGGGGUGGAGCAUGCUCUGAAUAGAGGAGGAAGAAUGAUUGUUGCGGAUGACAUGGGGCUGGGAAAGACGAUCCAGGCGCUUGCCGUCGCAUACUACUACCGGGCUGAAUGGCCUCUGGUGAUUAUUGCCCCAGCAUCUCUACUUGAGGACUGGGCCGAUGCGUGUAGGAGGUUCCUGGGAAUGGAGGCAAUGGUGAUGAGAAGAAAGGAGGACUUUGGCCAGGAGAUCGGGGUUGUGAGCUACGAGGUGGCUUCCAGCCAUGCAAACGUGCUGGCUUGCGGGGCGGGCGUAGUGAUUGCCGACGAGUGCCACUAUCUCAAGAGUCUGCAGACAAAGAGGACAAAGGCAAUAGUUCCACUACUGCAGAAGGUAUCUCGGGCUCUGCUGCUCUCUGGGACGCCUGCAGUGAGCAGACCGCUGGAGCUGUAUCCUAUAAUAUCGGCUGUUGACAGAACGAUAUUCCCGCGGUUUGCAGAGUAUGGGGCUAGAUACUGUAAUGGGAGGAAGGUGGGGCAGUGGUACGACUAUAAGGGGUGCAGCAAUGCCGAGGAGCUCCACUAUGUUCUUCGGAAGUUCCUAAUGAUCAGGAGAACAAAGGACGAGGUACUGGGGCAGCUACCUCCGAAAUUCCGAAGGCAGGUUGUCCUGGAAUGCACGGGAAGGCAGGACGAUCCCAGAAAGGACCUGGUGGGAGAAAGUGUGGAUACAAAUGUAGUUAUGCAGUACAGAGAGGCUGUUGGGUUAAAGGUGGAUCCCGUGAAGCAGUAUCUGGCAACGAUGGUGGAGAAGGGCAUGAAGUUUGUCGUCUUUUGCCACCACACAGAGAUGAUGGAGAGCCUCGAGGGCUUUUUUGCAGAAAGGAAUGUUCCGAUGAUCAGAAUCGACGGGUCGGUACCCAGCACCAGCAGGCACUUGCUGGUCAAGAAGUUCCAGGAGAAUGAGGAGGUAAUGGUUGCAUUGCUGAGCAUCACGGCGUGCAGCACGGGGCUCACGCUUACUGCAGGAAGGGCGGUGGUAUUUGCAGAGCUGUACUGGAAUCCAGGAGUUCUUCUUCAGGCAGAGGAUAGGAUACACAGGAUCGGGCAGAAGAGUAGUGUCGACAUUAUAUACCUGGUUGCAAAGGGAACCAUCGACGAGUAUGUAUGGCCCAAGCUUCUAUCAAAGCUGAAUGUCCUUGAGUCCUUGGGUGUGGGGAGCAACCAGUUGAAGAACGUGGGGGUGUCUUCUCAGGCUGCCGGGCAGAAGACCCUGUGCCAGUUCAACAUCAAGAGAUGCAACUGA